AUGAGCCUGACCCAGCCCAGCCCGUCUCACCCAGGGGUGCCAGGGGCUGUGGCAGAGCAGGAGGGAUCGGGCGGCCCCCGUGGGAGAGAACUUGUUAGGGAGGCUCCAGCCCCAGAGCGAGUGGCCGCAGUCCCCAUCCCGGUGCCUGUGCCAGCCCCUGGGCCAGGCGAGGAACUCCUGGCCGAGGAGCAGGGCGGCAUCCCCAUCCCCAGCUCGGGCCUGCUGCAGGUGGCUGAGAGGAGACAGCCACUGAGCAGCGUGUCCUCGCUGGAGGUGCACUUCGACCUGCUGGACCUGACCGAGCUGACGGACAUGUCGGACCAGGAGCUUGCUGAGGUCUUUGCCGACUCUGACGACGAGAACGUCACCGAGUCCCCUGGUGGACUGCAGCCGCACACGCUCCCGCGGGCCGGGUACCUGCGCUCCCCGUCCUGGACGCGCAGCAAGGCGGAGCAGGGCCGGGACAAGAAGCACCUCAGCGACUCGGAGCUGCAGGCUGGCGAGGCCGACACCUUCCUGACCGUGGAGCGGCCCCAGGACGAGUGAGGCCGGGCUGGAGCCCAGUGACUCCUGCAGCCGCGUGGGCGCCGCGUUGCCCUGGUCCAGCCUGGCCCGAGUGCAGGCCAGGAUGACGUGUUUGUUGGCACUUUCUACCCCCCUGCUGCCUGCUCUGCUUGUACCGGGCAGGGCACGAGCAGGAGAGGAGCACGGCCCCGGCGCUGGCCACAGGAGAGGCCUCAGAGGGACGCGAGGGCAGCUGGGUCCCAGCACAGCUCUCCACGAGCACGCUUCUGGGCUGGGAUCAGCACAUGGCACUAGAGCUGCCCCUGGAGCUUCUGCCCAGGGGAAGGGUGGCACCGGGGCAUCCCAGCAGCUGGACUCCAGCCACCCCCUUCACCCUGGCGUGGGAGGCAGCCCCCAGGUGCUGCACCCGUCCUGGGGCAGUCGCUCCGUGCACACCUGCUUCCGGCUGGGCAGCAGGAAAGCGACAGCAAGGGGUCAGGAGAGGGGGUGACGUGCGGCACCCUGGCUUCCCGCUCAUCCCCGACAAUGCCUGCAGGGGAGAGAUGCUACAGCCUGCCCCGCGGGGACUGGCUAGGGGCCGCUGGCGCUACCUCAGCAGAACUGCAGCAUCUGCACAGAUGCUGGGGGCCUAGGGGAGACCCCCAGCCCCCAUCCCUUGCUGCCACCCUCUCCACGUGCCAGGCUGAUCCUGCCCUCAGACCCACAGCUGGGCGCUUCCCACUGGGCGCUACCAGGGCUGGUGCUCUCCCACCAGCUCCAGGCCCCUCGCGCUGUCCCUCACUGGACAUACGCCCGUCCCCCCUUACUCAGAGCACCAAAUAAUGCCAACGCUGCCUCCAGAGCUGCGGUGACGUUCUUCCAGGUUGGGUGGAGCAGGCCUGGCUGCUUCUCCAUCUUCGGUCUCUGUUGCCGCUGGGUCCCGCCAGGCUCUGAGCCUGGCACGAGGUCCCAGCUGGUGCAGAGCAGGUCGUGGCCAGGUGCCAUCCGGUCCGAGCCCUGGGCUUUGCAGGCGAUUGGCAGCUGAGACGAGCCAUGCGACGUGCUACCAGCUUCCACCUAAACCCUCCGCUCCCGACAGCGGUGGCCAGCGCUCUCCACGGCUCCCGUCGGCCUUCGUCCACUGCCAGGGAACUGUUCCUGAGAGCCAGGAGCCUCCUGUGAUGGCCUCUGCACGGGCCCCGGCGCCCGCCCAUCACUGCCCAGCACAACGGACUCCUGUGGUUUUUAUCUCAGUCUCGAGGCAGCUCUGGGCAGGCCGCAGCCUGUCGGACCCCGCCUCGAACUGUACCCUCCAUCCGUCAUGUAGCAGCUUCCUGUACCGGUAAAGGUGUGCACC